UUUAAUAUUUGAUUAAAAGCAAGCAAUAUUUGGGUUAUACAUCGAUAACAUAUAUUCAUAUAUGAAUUGAAAGAUUAAUUAUUAUUAUUAAGUGGUGUUAAGUGUUUGGCUCCUUAAGUGUAUGUGUUUGUGUUAUAUAAGAGUUUUUUGUUGUUUGUAAUGGAAGUGUCGUCUUUAAGACAUCAAUUGAUUGAGUUCUCGCCGGAGACGACCAAAAUGAGUGGUAAUAACAAUCGAAAUUCUUCACAAACAAUGGACACACUGUUCGAUAAGUCAGAAAUGGAUCAGUUGCUGAUCGAUGCCCGAAACGAGAAGCAAAAAUUCGAGACAAUUGUCCGACAGCUGCGCGAACAGCUAACGAUGGCCGAGUCGGAGGUUAAAAAAUUAAGACAACAGUUAGUACUAACCGAAAGUGACUCGAAAGAGGAGAUCCAAAGACUAAUAAAACAGAUAAAAAGUUUUGAACUAAAGUGCAAUGAAUUUCGUGAAACAAAUGAACAAUUGAUAAUUAAGUUGAAAGUUGCCGAACACCAGAAACUGGAGACAGAGAUUACCGCACAGAGAGUUGCCGUCGAAGAGCGCCGGCAACUAAUGGCACAGUUGUCCGAUAAAAACAAACUCAUAUCUGAGUUGCAGUCGAGUUUGGCCGUCAAAGAACAGGAAAUCAAACGGUUGACGGCACUGAUGGUCGCCGAACAAGAAGAGUGGAACCAAUUUCAGUCAGACCUGUUGACCACUGUUCGUGUCGCCCAAGAGUUCAAAGAAGAGACACUACUUGAGUGUCAAAAACUGAUGCAAACCAAUAGAGAUUUAGAGCACAAGUUAGCAGAUCUUGAGAAUGAGUUGAAAAAGUACAAAACAAUAGACACCUCAAUAGAUGUGAUCCCAGCCGCCGAAGAGGCUAUUGUCUCGCAGAUAUCACCCCAACAACAACAACAACAACAAAAAGGAGAAGAAGAAGAAGAGCAAUCAGAGCCGCAAUCAGAGCCACAACCAGAACAACACGAACAAAACCAGACGACACCGUCAUCUGAAACCAGUCUUCCAACGCCCCCACCGAUGGAUGAAUGUCCUAUCAAUACAAUCACUGAAUCUCUUUUGUCCCAAAAUACCUCUACUAUUCCUACUAUUAACACUGUCGCGCCUCCCGUUGACACACAACCCCAGCCACAGCCACCAAAACAUGUUAACCUAUUUGCUAUGAGAUCUAAGUCGUUGCCAUUGCCAUCAGUGAGAAGCAGUAGUGUUGGAGGUGGUGGACAGGUAUUAUGUAAACAAUCGCCAAUUACCGGUAAACCAAUUGACAUUAAUCAGCGGUCCGUACGCCGGCUGAUCGAGUCUAUCGAGACGACAAACAAACAAAAGAUUAGUCCCACACGUUGUCUGUCCAACACAAGUAUUAAUAGUUUGAUUAGUACAAUGACGCCGACGACGACUACGACAAUGAUAACAACACAUCCACUGAACGACGAAUUAGUGAUAAAACGAAAUAAAAACAAUUCAUUGCGUCUGACAUUACAGAUCAACUACGAGACGAAAGACGAGAACAAUAAAGUUUGUUCAUUAAAUUCAGACAUAACUUCGCCGACAAAUAACUUAAUAAACAAUAAUAUUAAUAAUAAUAAUAACAAUAAUAAAGUGAAACAUAUUGACAGCAUAUUGAAAGAUAAAACUGAUUCAAAUAAUACUGAUAACAGUGAUAUAAACGACGAUAAAAAGUCAGACCCGUUGUCCAAACUGGUUCGCGGCGGCGGAUCCAAGCGUAACGCCCUAUUGAAAUGGUGUCAGAAUCGUACGGUUGGCUAUAAGGACAUUGAUAUAACCAAUUUUAGUUCAUCCUGGAACGAUGGACUGGCCUUCUGUGCCAUACUUCAUACAUACCUUAAAGACCAAAUACCAUACGAUAGACUGGAACCGUCCGACAAAAAGCGUAACUUUUCCAUUGCUUUCAAAGCUGCCGAAUCAGUAGGCAUUCCCACCACUUUGAACAUUCACGAGUUAAUAGCCCAGGAAAGGCCUGAUUGGCAUUCAAUACUAGACUACGUGACCAAUAUUUAUAAGCAUUUUGAAACAUGAGUUGAUAUUUUUUUGUACACUUAUUUUUAUUAUAUACAUAUAUAUU